GGGUUUGCUUCAGUUCCUGUAAGCUGACAUUUAGAGCGGGUGGAGUAAAUGCACUUCGGCGGACGGUUGCAGUCUGUUGUAACAGCAUGUGACUCAACCGCUUUUAUCUCUUUUAUUGUUGUAGUUCUUACCGACGAUUUCCAUGAGAACUGGACAUAAGGAGAAAUUAUGCAUAUGUCCCUGUUUUCGAUUUUUGUGGUUGCGGCUCUCUUUAUCUCUCUCUGCAACUCCUUCCUUUUCAAAGGCCAGCAUGUGAUCUGUAACGUUUACCCUAAAGAUCUGUACGUAGAAGAGGACUCCAGCGUUGAGAUAGUGUGCCAAACAUCAUGUUCAAAUCAUGGCAAAAUCUUCUGGACACUGAACGGGAAAAACAUCAAUGAAAGCCUGUCAAAAACUAUAAACGCAACACACACUGUCUUGUCACUGAGAAACUUCACUCAAUCAAGCGCAGUUGUGCAGUGUCAUAGCUCUUAUGGGAAUCAGCUCUUAGGAGGCGUCACUAUAAGGACAUAUUGUAAUAAAAUCUUCUAUAUGUCAUUGAUUCGUAUUGCUUGUCAUUCCUGCCAUGACAUUAUACUCUUUACCUCUUUUUUAUUUGCAGCAAAGCCUAAAAAUAUCACAUGUGUCUUGCAUUAUAAUGUAAAUGGGCCGAACGGUGUGCCUAAACUCUUCACAUGUUCUUGGAAGCAUCAUAUGGAUUCUCUACAAACAGCAAACUACACCAUACUUACUGAUUCCUUGAAGGAAAUCUGCAAGUCACAAGUAGCGAGCUGCACACACAAUUGCACACAUUUGGUGAAUCCAGAUGAUAUAGUUAAUUAUAUGUACUACUCUAACCUAUACACUAUUAAAGUCAGAGCAAGAACUCAAUAUGGGGAGACGGAGUCUGACCCCUAUGUGUUUGAUCCACGUAGCAUAACGAAAAUUAAUCCUCCAAAGAAUUUGAAGAUAAUUCCCUCGUCAGAGCAUCUGUUGGUAAAGUGGGUCACGGACGAACCCCGUUGUCAAGUCAAAUACUACAAGACAUCAGAGCCUGACAAAGCCCCAGAGGUUUUGUGGACAAAUCGAUCAGAUUUCAGUGCCACUAUUAAGGAAGUGGAAUCCUGCAUUAACUACAACAUUUCAGUCCGAUGUGCCUCUGAAAGGGGACUUUGGAGCGAAUGGAGCCCGGAGAAGACUGCUCUCACCAAAAUGAACAGGAGCCGCAUCAGGAUGCAACUUUGGAGAAAGGUGGCUGAAUUGGAAAAAAACGGAAAGAGAAAAGUUCACCUCAUGUGGAAGGGUAUUCCUUCAACAUGUACAGAGGCAUUCACCGUCAAACAGGUUGCCUACAAAGACAACACAAUCACAGGAAAUUACACCUAUACUUCAUGUGGCAGCUCAUCUUGUGAUGUCGAUCUGGACCACCGUUCACACAGAUUUUAUCUCGCAGUUUCCAGUAAUGGUGCACUGCUCGACUCUGUUUAUGUUCCAGCUGUUGGAGACACGGGCCUUCCUGAAGUUUGGAGCAUCCAAACAACAAAACAUAGAAUGGGAGGUGUUAUUCAGGUCAGCUGGAAUGUGUCAGAAAAACCCAUCAGUAGUUACAUAAUUGACUGGACCCACGAUGGACAACAGUACUACUGGAAGGAGACCAUAUUCACUAAUGCAACUCUGUUUGGCCUGUUGCUUAGAACACCAUACAUAAUUACAGUAACACCUCUCUUCAAUGACAUCACAGGGCACAGCAUCCACUCAAAUCCGUUCUGCUCCAGUACGGGAGUUCCAGAGCACAUCUUUGUCACAGUUGUGGAAGCUGACGAUAAAAGUGCCUUUGUGAAGUGGCACACAAAGUCACAGUAUACAUGCAGUAAUGUUGAUACAUACAUAAUCUUUUACGAAGCACAGGGACUCCAGCACAAUGUUUCUGUUAGUGGUAGUGAAGAUGGAGUCUGGUUGAAGGACCUGAAACCAAACACCCACUACAAUGUCAAGGUUGAGGCCACAAGCGACAACGAGACUGAUAUGAGCAGCACUGUGUAUUUCAGAACAAAUAGAUUUGAUCCCAGGCUUAUUAAAGCUGUAAGCAUCUGUGGAGGCAUUCUUGUCAUUCUUGUACUGUCUAUUGGGUUGACCUGUGCCAUUCAGUGGAAGAAAUUUAAUGACAAGCCUUUGCCGAAUCCUCGUCUCAGUUCUGUGGCGAAGUGGCUGACACAGAGUCAUGAAAAGGUGGAGGGGUUCUUCCAGCCACCUACAGAUCAAUUUGAAAACCAAGUUGUCACAGAUAAAACUCAAAGAAAUCGAGGGGCACCUCUCACUCCAGUCCAUAAUGGUAACGACUGCGACCCAUCGUUUAGUUCUACACGAGAGAAUGAACCGGAAGAGAGGUUCUCCGAUACCUCAGAGACACAGCUCCUGUCUUCUCCAGAAGGAUCAAUGGUGUUUUCUUCCUCACAGAGCAGCCCAUAUCGCUGUCAGGAUAUGUUGCCACGAGUGGAAAAGCCAUCCAAGAGUGACUUGGGCAACGAACAAGAAAAGACUUCGAUGAAGAGUUUAUACAUAAGCUUGAACAUGUUUGAACAAAGUGAUGUUAGGUGAGAGUUUGUGGCAACAAAACACAAGGUGAAGCUAAGAUGAGUCAUUCAGUACAGAUGUUCAGUGACAACAUGCAGAAAGAUUGUUGCCUACAGUGAAACAACAUGAGUUGAAAACGUAUGGCCUGUUUUUAUUUACAGCAUGGCAACCUGUUUUUUUUUAAGGCUGCUAUCAAGACGCCUUCAUUACAUUAAGACCAAAACGCUGCUUUUUGGUCUUAAAUCAAAUCUACAACAAGACUGUGUUUGUAAAAUUGAGUUCUCAGAACAUGUUUUGUAGGCUGUUUACUGUACCAACAAACUAUGUGUCAUAGACUGUAUUAUUAAAGAACACACAGCAUGUUGAUUGCAUGAUAUAUCAGAAUACAGAUUCCCAAAAAUGCAAACAGCUCUUUUAAAAUGCUAGGCUUGUCAUAAAAAAAACAACAAAAAAAAAAACAUUCCAAGUAAAUUUAUCCUUUACAGUUCAACUGCAAAACUGCUGCUCCUAUAGCCUGGUUACAGAAGUGUUCAUACCUUUUGACUAAAACUUUAAUAUACCUUUUGAUUCAAUUUUAGCAAUCUGCCCUGUUUUAAUUGGAGUCUCUUGACAUUCUACCUGACAAAGGAUCCCCAAAUCUAUAAGAUUGAAAGGCUCUUUUUAGGUGACCUCACAGAUUUUUAUGAAAACCAUCUUUUCUUCAGUGUUGAUCCAGAUGGCUUCACUAUGACGUUGAAAAAUGUAACUCCACUGUUUUCUGGGAGAAAGGACCUCUGUCUUGUGGCCAUGGCAUACUUUCUUGUUCAGACAUAUGGACACAGAAGAUUGUUGUUACAUAGAACACAACUGGUCUCUGUUUGAAAUUAAUUCCUACAGUUUCUUCAGUGUUGCUGUGCAGGCUCCCUGUCCAGUUUCUUUUCAUGAAUUUUGGAGAAAUGUCCAAGUUUAAUAAUACCAUUGCCUAUUUUCCUCACAUUAUUUGUGACUACCUUCACUUCAAUUGGACUUUAUUUUGGGUUAAUGAGAUUCACCAUAUUUAAUGACAGAUGUGAGUUCACCAAAGGUAAAUGUUGAAAUUAAAUGCAAAACAAAUUCAACAGUGUGUUAGUUUACCAGUGAAAACAAUUAUGUACCAAGGUAAUGGCAGCUUUUUCUGAAUAUUUUAUAAUAAAAAUGAUGACAAAAAAAUGUAUUCUGUAGGAUAUUAUAUGUGAAAAGGGUUCUGAAAUGAUUUGUUAAAGUCAUGUUUUUUUAUAGAAACCUGAACUCAUAACAGGGGUUUUGUACACUUUGUGUUGUUUUCUAAUUGUUUUCACAGAAAUAAGCUUGUACAGUUAUGUUUCUUUUACCACUGUGUAAUAGAGCAUGUGAAUGUGAAAGUGGUUUGGAUCUGUAUAUAAAGUAUGAACAAUAAAGAAGAUGUAAAAACAACGAUAACCAUUAAUGGGACAAAGUAAAACAACAACAAAAAAGAAACUGUUCUAGAUGUGUUUUUGCUACAACAAACUUCGGUUUUCCUUUUGUGUGUAAUAAUCUGUGAUAGUCAGGCGAUACUGGUAGUAACAGGGUGGAAGCCUUUGUCUGCGUUCCACUGUGGUAUGUGUUGCUAGGUUUCUGUCUUCAUUAACUUCAAAACAAACACAAACAAUGAAUCGGCAUUCCUACUGUUUAUAUUGGUUUACCCUGAUUUUGUUGCUCUAUGAAUUAUGGUGUUAUGUAAACAGGUUUUAUUAAUUCUUCUGGAGGAUUAAAUGUUUGUAAGGAUAUGUCUUAUUACAAGAUGAAUAUGUG